CGUCCUUCUCAAUCUCUGUGUCUCCUCCAGCGCCAGCCAUACGCCUCCUGGUUGCUAAGCGGCGGAGCAGGUGCUGAAACCAAAUUUGAAGCGCCAAAAGAUACCCGGCCGGCGGGAUCAGCGAGUCGCUUGCUAGGUUUGAUGUUGGGACCCGACGCGGAAGGGCAAUCUUGGACUUGGCGAUCCUCUAGAGCAGAGACCUCCGUGGCCCCUUGGCUGGCAGCUGGCCUGCCUGGAAAAUGGGCUCCAAGUCCGACCAGCUUCUGAUUGUGGUUUCAGUCCUAGAAGGGCGUUAUUUUCCUAAACGUCCAAAGCAUAAGCUUGUGGUAGAAGCCAAGUUUGAUGGUGAACAUCUAGCUACAGAUCCUGUUGAUCAUACAGAUCAACCUGAAUUUGCCACAGAAUUGGCUUGGGAGCUGGACAGGAAAGCACUUCAUCAGCACAGGUUACAGCGUACACCUAUCAAGUUACAGUGUUUUGCUUUAGACUCUUUGACUUCUAUGAAGGAGAUUGUAGGUUAUAUAGUACUAGAUUUAAGAGCUGCUCAGGAGAAGAAGCAGCCACCAAAAUGGUAUCCUUUACUCAGCAAUAAAUAUCCGAAAUUUAAAUCUGAAUUGCAGCUAAGUGUAACAUUAGAAACUGAUACCAAAGCAUCAGUGGAUGGUUUUAAAGCAAAGGAAGCACCUCCCAGAGAUAUAACAAUACCUCUACCUGGGCUGGACUCCAAAAAUCUUGUAGCAGUGCUGAACAAGGAGGAAGGAUAUCAUCAAAUUGGACCAGCAGAAUACUGCAAAGACUACUUUGUUUUGUCUGUUACAAUUGCAUUUGCUACACAGUUAGAACAGCUAAUACCUACCACAGUAAAACUUCCAGAACAGCAGACGGAGUUCUUUUUCUAUUACUCACUAUUGGGCAAUGAUGUGACCAAUGAACCAUUUACUGAUUUGAUCAAUCCAAACUUUGAGCCAGAGAGAGCAUCUGUUAGAAUUCGCAGCAGCAUUGAAGUUCUAAGAGCUUAUUUUUUAACACACUCAAAGUUGCAGAUCCAUCUGUGCUGUGGGGACCAAUCUCUUGGAAGCACUGAAGUACUUCUUACUGGACUGGUGAAGAAAGGAAAUGUGGAUAUCCGUCAUCAACCUGUAGCUAUUGAAGGAGCAUUUAUUCUCGUACCACCUAGUAGAGCCCGGCAAAAACUGCCCCCAAUGCCUCUGGAUAUGGCACCCACUCUUGGGGUAUCAGUAGCUCUACAAAAAGAUGUUUCUCAGCCUAUUGUUCAAGGAGUUACACAGGCUGAACCUGAAAAUGUGAAGAAAACUUUGUCUCCAACACAUGAUCAGGAAAGGAUUCUUGAGCAAACUUCUCAUAACGCACCACCUCAGACACAUUCUUCUCCCACAAAAGAGGAUGCAACAGAAAGUGAAGUGGAAAGUAUUCAGUAUGACAGGAAUACAAAGCCACAGAAAAAAGUUUUGAAUACUCAAGUGCCUGCAUCCCAGUCUCAACAUGUCACUGGAUCUGGUACCUCUGAGCCUACUACAGGGCAAAAAAUUGCAGUUCCAGCGGUAUCUCAUCACUUCUGCUUCUCUCUAGAUUUAAGAUCAGUCUAUAAUAUGGAUGCUGGCUUUCCUGUUAAUUGCAUUUUAAGGUACUCAUAUCCAUUUUUUGGCAGUGCUGCACCUAUUAUGACAAGUCCUCCUGUAGAAGUGAAGAAAAACAUGGAAGUUUUUCUUCCUCAGUCCUACUGUGCAUUUGAUUUUGCAACUUUACCUCAUCAGCUUCAGGAUACUUUCUUCAGACUACCAUUGCUGGUUGAGCUGUGGCACAAAGAUAAAAUGGCCAAAGACCUGCUUCUGGGAGUUGCCAGACUCCAGCUUUCCAAUGUUUUGACCAUGGAAAAAACCCGUUUUCUGGGAGCUAACCGAGAGCAGUGCUGGCGACAGGUCUUCAGUGAAACAGUCCCUUUUACAGCAGCACAAGGGCCAAGCAACAAGAUAGCAGAACUUUCAUAUACAAUGACUCUAGAAGACUAUGGACUUGUGAAAAUGCAUGAGGUUCUAGUAUCUGAUUCAUCCCAGUGUUUAGGUGCUGAUGCUGAUGAAGCACCACAGGUUCUUCCACCUCAUCCUGUUAAUGCUCCACCAGUCCAGCCAGAACCACGGGAAACUCUAGAAUACAAGGCAGCCCUUGAACUGGAAAUGUGGAAAGAGAUGCAAGAAGAUCUUUUUGAGAAUCAGCUGAAGAAGAAAGAGCUGGCUCACAUGCAAGCUCUUGCAGAAGAGUGGAGAAAAAGGGACCGAGAAAGAGAAGCAUUGGUAAAGAAAAAAAUUGCAGAGUACACAAUUUUGGAGGAACAGCUUCAAAAAACUUUGACUGAUCUAGAGAAGCGUGAAAAGCAGCUUGUCAGUUCUGAAACUGAGCUCCAAAGACUAAAGACAGAACUCCAAGCAGAGCAUGAACGAAAUCUGCAGGAGCUUCAAGACACAAUGCGGCGAGUCAAAGAUGAAUGUGCUCAUCAGGUUGAAUUGGAGAAGUCAAGGAUUAGGCAGUUGGAAGAGAGCAAGAUCCAUCUGCAGCAGCAAAUAUAUGAAGCAGAAAACAAGAAUAAGGGUUUGGAGAAAGAAUUUCAACAAUACAAGGAUCAGCAGAGCAGCAAACCAGAAAUCCGGUUGCAGUCCGAGAUAAAUAUUCUGACAUUAGAGAAGGGGGAUCUCGAAAGGAAAUUGGAAUCAGCUACCAAGUCAAAACUGCACUACAAGCAACAGUGGGCUCGGGCUUUGAAAGAACUAGCAAGGCUAAAACAGCGUGAACAAGAGAAUGCAAUGGCCCGUCUUAAAAAGCAGCAGCAAGAGCUGGAGCACAUGAGGCUUCGAUACCUGGCAGCAGAAGAAAAAGAAUUGGGGAAGGCUCAGCGGCAAGAGCUAGAGGAAAUCAGAAAUGAACUGAACAGAUUAAAACAGCAAGAAGACAAAAAGCAUUUACCUGAUUCCCAAGAGGAUUUUGGUUCACAGUUGCAAAGUGCUCGCACUAAGCAAGUAAAUGAGAGCCUUGAUGACUAUCUUGCCCGUCUUAUAGAAGAGAGGGAUACAUUGUUGAGGACAGGAGUGUAUAACCAUGAAGACCACAUCGUAAGUGAACUUGAUCGCCAAAUCAGUGAGGUGCUUGCCAAAAGAAGCAGCAGCAAGGAGCAGAAUCCAAAGAGCUGAAUUCUUCCUUUCUGCAUAAGGGAGAACCUAAAUUUUAACUAGUCAUUCAUUGUCUCUUCAAAUACUAUAUUCUAAAAGACUUGCACACAUGGUUUUCUCUCAAAACUUUCUGCAAUGUGCAUAGCACAGUUCUGCCAUUUUGAGGCUGUAAGAGAGAAUAGUGUCAAUGAAAAUGUUUUUGAUCAUUUUAUAAUGUUUACAUCUCUAUAUUAUUUAUUUAUUUUAAUUACAAGAGUUUAUCUGUCUCCCUCUGUUGCCUCAGCUUACUUUAUUUGCUAGUUUGUGUUUCUAACUCAGUUUUAUAGUUUGGUAGUUUUGAUUACUCGCUUUGUACUUACAUACUUAUCUGAUUGUUUAGAUAUUUAUCAAAACGUUUCAGUAAAAUUGCACUAGGAAUAAAGGGCUGCAGUAUCUUGGGACUUUUUAAAAAUCUGAGCCUAAAGGUAAAUGUGUCUCACCUUGUCGUCUUUGAAACUGUAUCCAUCCUAUUGUUGAAAGUUUAACACAAACCACCAUAAUUUAAAAAUAUGUAAACCAGAUAUGUUAUGUUGAAGCUUUUUAUCAGCUCAUAUCUUUUCUCAAAAAGUGUAACCCUGGUAAGUGCUGUGUUCCAUCCAUAAUUUUAAUUGGGCUUGUACAGCUCUGAAAUGAAUGGUGGUAGAGCAAUACAGGGACGCUUCAUAGAAAUGAGCUCAAACUCCCUUCUAUCAACUGUUAAAUAAUAGCACAUCCAAUUCACAGAGCCUUUCCUGUUUCAUAUGUAAGAGUUUCCAUAUAUUUAUAUUGUUUCCAUGCAGGAAAACACAUUAAAAGGUGCAUUUUGUUACUGAAAGGCAAUGCAUAUGAGAGAUCCAAUCUAUGCAUCUCCCUGAAACAGUGUACCUGUUGCCAUUUUAUUAUUAGCAUAUCCAUGAAUCUCCUUACAUAGAAAGAUAUAGAUUAUGUUUUACAACUCUGAACAGGUUAUAAAUGUAUCCACUAAUUACCUGAGAGGUUUUUUUCUAAAUUUUUGAAGAAACUUUAAGAAUGAGUUAAAGAAAUUUGUUGGAUUGAGCAUACUGCAUGCCUUUUGGACAAGGAAUAAAACAUUUUCUGUCAGCCACAUAUCAGAAAAAGGAGUUUAAAAAUAAAAAUAGAGACAUAUAAUUACUAAUUUAUCAAAUUAAUGUAUCAAAUUGUAUACAUGACUUCAAACACUGCAUUGGGUACCAUAUAUGCAAUGUUCAGUACAUGGUUAGAAUAGCCUGGAUCCAAAUGUUUUCUACGGUGCAUCAAUCCAUAUUAUGUUGCAUAGCAUGGAUAAGAAUGUUUAUUCCCAUCUAUUAUAGGCACCACUGUAUAGUCUAUCUGUGCAGUAUUACAAAAAUACUUUGCGUAGCACAAGUACCUUUUUAUGCACAAGAACGUAUUACUGGAUUAAGACCUGUGAAUGAUCAAUGCCUGUGUCUUCAGUGAUUGUUUAUAAUCUGGAUAGUGAGCUUCUAGAAACAGACUGUUAGUGCUAUUGGGAUCUUCGGACUAGUAUUAUAUCUGUAGAGGAAUAAAACCUUCUCCCUCAGUAUGUCUUACAUAGUUUAGCUAUAAUUAGAACUUGCUGUGCUGGGACCACAAGUACAACUUUGCCUGUGUUAGCAAGACUGCUGUCCUGUGGUGUUAAUGGUGCCAAAAGCGAUCCAGCUCAAUAGGCAGAAAAUGUGAAGCAGCUACAUUAAGCUGGUUUGCAUUUGGUCAUCAGUAUUAACUGUGAAAUAAUCUUUCAAAUAUGCCUUUUUCCAACAAACGAAGUUUAUCUUCUGCAGUUAAUACUUAUGAGCUAAUUACCCGUAAGUGGGUAGAUGCAGACUGCAGUUUCUCAAUGUUCUUUGAGGUAAAUCUGAAUAAGAAAACAGCCAAGGUAGUUAUGUUAUUAAUCUUCUGGGUUUAUUCACUAUUUUCUUCUGUAUUAUAGACCACAAAUUUUGUUUUACCUAUGGAUUUUCUGGAUAUUGGGCUUAAAAAUUUUGUUUUUCUUGUGUAUGAGAGCUGUAGUAGUAAAAACCAAAUGCAAAUCUGGAUAAUUUUUAAAUAACCAAAAUGAUGGGGGAAGGAAUUUAGGUAUAGUAUUUGUUAAUAUCAAGUAUUUUGGGGUUGUAGAAAACAUUUCUUUCAUUAACAUGAUCAGUUUUAUAUCCUGAGAACAUACAAAAUGCUAAUCAGUCUUUAAAAUAAUGUAUGUUCUUCUUGUUUUGCAAAAAUAUGUGUAAAUAUUAUUUAUCGCUACUUAUGGUGCAAUGUUAGGCAGCAUUAUUCUAGCCUAAACUCUUUGGCUUCCAUGGAGUAACUGCGCAGGACUGCACUACUAGUGUAUUACUAAUUAAUAUAUAUAUUAGUAGAGAGGAAAAUCAAUCUAGAACUUUUCUUUUAUCUUUCAGAAAAGAUCAGUUAUAUUCUAAGUAGCCAAAUUAUCUCAUCAUGUACAAGUUUGCAGUUGUUUUUAAACACUAGAGGGGGCUUUAACAUUAAAUAAAAGUGGUUUUAAAAAUCCAAAGUAGUUUUAUUUUUACCUUUGCUGAAUGUAAAUUCAAAUUUAUUCCAUUUAAUUAUAUAUUUGUAUUGUUUCCUUUGGAUCUUUCUAACAAAUAAAAUCGUUUAUGCAAAACG